UUUUGACAUUAAUGUUAAUUUUAAAUUUAUUACAAAAUUAAGUUGUUGGGGCAAAGAGAUGCAUCACACUACAAAUCCUUGUAUAACCUACUUGAUUUCCUUUCAAUUGGCCAAGUUCUGUGAUGUCAUUUGUCAGGUACAUAUGCAGAUAUUUUACUGCACAGUUUAAUAUCUCAAAACCUGCUUUGCAGGAUAGAUUAAUAGCCCAGUUUAGACCGUGUGAAACUUGAACUAAGAUAACCCAGGAUUACGUUAUUUUUCAGUCUGUGACAUACCUUCGCUUGUGGUAAUCUGACUAAUAGUUCCAUCUAUAGAGAAUUUGUUUCCUUGUAUAUGAAAGCUUAUAUUUGGAUGGUACUUAACUUGGGUGUGGAGUGCUGUUAAUGUGUAAUUAACUAAAUGGAUCUGAAAUCAACACAAUAACAUGUAGAUUCACACCAGCUCUACUUGUAUUCCCAGAUCAGGUGUGUGCAGGUGCACAAGCUUGUGGUUUUGCCCCAGGUCAGCAUCGCCCCUAUCAAACACUGUUUUUAGUUACAGCAGAGCUGUUUAGUCAUCAACACUCAACACAUUUUGUGAAUCAUUUGUUAAGGCUCAGAAACGGAUCAUAUAGCACAGCUACAGAAUUAACUAUUUACCUUAUUUUUUUUAUUUUUUAUAUCAUUAAAAUAGUACUUUCAUUGAAGAUUUGUUGAAGGUUUAAAUGCAGGAGAAUCCUUUAAAACAUUAAUGAAAGUUUUGGUUUUCAAAUCCACAGCGCUGAGUAAGUCUUUUGUUUUAUUUCACAAAUGCUGACUCAUUUAAUUCUGCAUUUAAAUGACUUACAAAUUCUCUGUUUAGUGCAUAAAUGUUUAUCAUACUUUUGCAAUGAAAAUAUUGUAUUUUAUAUUAUGAGAUUACAAUAAUUAUACUACUAUUACCCUCUUUGUUUGUUAGUGAAGUUGUUUUGUAAAUCCAUAAUAAAUAUUUAUAAGUUCCCUAUAAACUUUAAUACUGUUUAAUGAUGUAUGCUACAGUGAAAUGUUUAGUACUGUACAUAACGGUAUGUAUAGGUUAUCUAUUAUCUAUUAUUAAAAAAGAUUAAGAAGACAAACAGAUGCAUCAAUAUACAACAUUUUCUAAUUCUCAGGCCAUCCAAGAUGAAGGUAGAUGAGUUUAUUUCUUCAUCAGAACUGAUUUGGAGAAAUGUAUCAUUGCAUUACUUCCACAGCAAUGUAAAGUGAAUGGGUGCCGUCACAAUGAGAGUCCAAACAAGCUGAUACAAACAUCACAAUAAUCCACACCACUCCAGUCCAUCAGUUAAUGAACUUGUUAAGCAGAAAGCUGCAUGUUUGUAAUGUUUUUAUCAGUUGUUUAGGCUCUCAUUCUGACGGCACUGUGCCUGUGUUCACCAGAUCACGUCAUGAUUGGGACGUUUAGUGAGUGGCUGUGGUGGGACCGGCUGUGGCUGCCGGGGAACCUCACGUGGGACGAUCUCAAAGACGAGGAAGGGCUCGUCUACGCCAGGGCAUCCCACCUCUACAUUACUGUGCCAUUCGCUUUGGUCUUUCUUGUAGUCAGAUACAUGUUUGAAAGGUUGAUAGCAACACCGCUCGCAGCUUUGCUUGGUGUUACAGAGAAAACCAGAUACAAAGCGGAGCACAAUUAUGUUCUUGAACAUUAUUUCAUUACAAAAUCAAAACAUCCAGGACAGGCAGAUAUUGAUGGCCUGUGCAAAAAAUGCAGCUGGUCCAGUAGACAAGUGGAGCGCUGGUUCAGAAGGAGACGAAACCAGGACCGACCUGGGGUUCUGAAAAAAUUCAGAGAGGCCAGCUGGCGAAUGGUGUUUUAUCUGGCAGCGUUCAUUGGUGGAAUCAUAGCCCUGUAUGAUAAACCCUGGUUUUAUAAUUUGCGGGAGGUGUGGAAUGGCUAUCCCAGACAGUCCAUGCUGGAGUCUCAGUACUGGUAUUAUAUUUUGGAGAUGGGCUUCUAUUUGUCGCUAGUGUUCAGAAUAACCUUCGACAUCAAACGAAAGGACUUUAAAGAGCAGAUCAUCCAUCAUUGGGCCACACUGACACUGUUGGCUUUCUCCUGGUGCGGGAACUACAUCCGGGUCGGGACCCUAGUCAUGCUCAUUCACGAUUCCUCAGACAUUCUUUUAGAGUCUGCUAAGAUCUUCAACUACGCCAAAUGGGAAAGCACAUGCAAUGGCAUCUUUGUGGUAUUUGCCGCUGUCUUCAUAGUCACACGACUCAUAAUCUUUCCAUUCUGGAUCAUUCACUGCACGUGGGUUUAUCCUCCUGACUAUUACCCGCCAUUCUUUGGAUAUUACUUUUUUAACUUCAUGCUUGUCAUCCUGUUGAUGCUGCACAUAUUCUGGGCAUAUCUUAUUCUACGCAUGGUGAAGAUGUUCCUUUUUGGAAGUUUAACUAAAGAUGAGAGAAGUGACAAUGAGGAAGAGGACGGGGACGGGGAAACCAGUGUAACUGAGGACAAUGACGGACAUGGGAAAGUGACCAAUGGCUGUGGAGGAGGAGGCGGGGCUAAUCAUCACUGACACCUCUUCUCUCAAACUGUAAAGGACUUUGAAUCGCCCUCAGGGAUGUGAGAAGCCAAAAACAUAUAUUUGAUUUAUUGUCAGGCGGAGAAUGUGCCAGAAACCUGUCAAAACAAAUUGCAUCUUUUAAUAAUGCUGAAAAAAAAAACCCUCGUUUUAUUUCCCCACUCGGCUUCACUGGAGACGACUUGCUGUGUGUCUUGGCUGCAUCAAAACCUUUCCCCCCCUUUCAACUAAAACUUUUUUUCGUUAUGGCACAAGAUCACAUGGGUAAUUAUGAAGGAACACAGUGCAGAGAAAAAGAAACUCCUCGUAAGUUUUAAUAGACUCCUCAUUGUUUUUGAAGCUCAAAGAUCACGUCACACUGGCUGCUCUCGCUGUCUGGCAUCACCCAUCGAGGCUUCAUCCGCCAUGCUGUUGAGAUUUACAUCAACCUCUGCUGUCCAGCUUAGCCUCUAGUGAGAACUAAUAAGAUGAGAUUUCAAGUUUGUUUCAUGCAAGAAAUUUUGAAGCAGAACAUCAACUUUUAUAUCACUUUAACCUCUCGCAGGCAUCGUUUUCUUUUCUUUUUAUGCCGUCUCUACACUGAACUUUGUUUCUUGAAAGAGUUCACACUGCAUUUUCAGAAACUUUUGAUGGCUGGAAGUCACUGAGUCUCUGUACUGCUGGUUUCUAGUAUGCAUUUCUAUGCUUUCUUGGCAUCUGCACCCAAAGAAUGUUAUUUCAAAUCACCAGCUGUCAUUGAAAAUGAAGGACUUCCGGUCUAUAGUCAGUGUUAUUGUAUCACAUCCAUGCAUCUUGGCCUCAAUUCAAAUUGAAUACAAGAAUAGAUAUUUAUUUUUUUUCAGCUGAUGUUCAGAAUAGUGCACAACCCUUUUUCAGCUGUUGCUCUAUUAAGACAGAAGUUGAAGUAGAAUGGUUUUGAUACAUCGCUCACAUCCAGUGUAGACAUGGUUUUAUAGGAUAUUACAGUAUGGAUGUGACUUAAAACUACCUAAGUAUAUCUCAAGAACGGUGUUAAAUAAGAGAUUCUUUUGAAUAUGUCUUUAAUAUGUUUUAGGCUAUUUAAUUAGUAUGAAAUGAAAUGUGUAUGAGAGAAUGAUGAAUGGAUGAAAGCCAGGCCUUUGCAAAUACAUUUUUUAUGACAAGUAAUUUUUUUCUUGUCUGGGGUUAUGCACAGACCCAGAGAUCAUCAGAGAUAAUUUUGAGAAUGUUGUAUGCACUGAAAAUGUAAAGGAAUUAUUAUUUUUUUUUAAUGUUUCAUUCUAAUUUUAUUGUAAUAAAGAUUUAUAUCCAAUA